AUAAUGCCGGACAUUAUCUACUACUUAUCUUUACUAGUGUGCACGUCACUUGGUAGUUACUAUAAGAAAAUAACUGAUAUGGACAUGAAAAGAAAUUAUGGUACUGGUUUAGGGUUAUUAUUAGUUUGCUUAAUUUGUGGUCACUAUAUGUACCAUUCUGCUCUAAUGGUUUGGGGAAAUAUCGUUAUCAUCAAAUGCUGUGAUCGACGGUAUUUACACCAAAUUAGUUUGGCAUUUACAUGGAUGUACUUAAUAUAUCUUCAUAUAAACGUCACGAACAUUUAUGUAAUAUGGUUGCAUCAAACGUUGGCAUUGAAACUAGUCGGCUUAUCUUUUGAAAUGAAUGCAGUCCAAAUAAAAACUGAUGCAAAAGGGAUUAGCGUGUCGAAAAUGAAUAUUGGAGAUAUUGACAAUGUUCCACCUGAGCCAACUGCUGCUGAUAUUAUUGCGUAUUCCUAUCAUUAUGUUGGGCUUCACAGAGGUCCUUAUUAUAGAUGGAAAAUUUUUUAUGAUCAUUUCAAUGUGCCUUUCGGAAUUUUGGGUGAUUGCAGGAUAAUAACUGAACAAAAAUUGAAAAAGGCUAUUUUAUGUGGGCUCGUGUAUUUAAUAUUACAUUCAAAGUAUUCUCCUGAGUUAUAUGAAGAAGACGUAUUCUACAAUACUUAUGGAGCAGACUUUCGCUACUUGUACAAUGUACCACAGUUGAUUAUGUACGUUCUCCACUACCAAGCAGUCAUGAUGAUGUGCACGAGUGUCUUUACCGAGGCUGGUUUUGGAGUUUAUCCGGCUAAAUGUCAACCAAUACCAGGAUUCGGACCAUCAGCUCACUUUAGUUUUGUUACAUUAGCGACUACUUCCACUGACAUAGCAUUGAAUGAGGAAUACAAUUUCUCAAUGCUUAAAUGUUUCAAUAACGAAGGAUUACUGAUUGGACCUAAGAUGAAGGAUACAAUGCGAAGUUGGGACAUGCCCACACGAUAUUGGUUCUGGGCGUAUGUACAGAAAGCUUUUAUAAAAUCAAAUAAAGAAGUUAGGAGUGCUUUUUCUCUUUUGGCUUGGACUGUAUGGUCAGGUCCGACUUUGCCUCAUUUUAUAGUUGGUACUACUUUGUGGGUUUAUGUUCAUCUCGAAGCAGAGUACAGUGUUCUAUAUGACACAUCCGGAGCUCUUAAGCUUCCAUGGGACAUAGGAUUUUCAAUUAUGCGCCUCUUUUGCCUACUUUAUCUCACACCUUGCUUCGUCAUCACAAACACCGAAAUCGUAUUGAGGUACUAUAAUUCAAUUUUCUGGGUUUUUCAUUUGGUACUUCUCGUCUUGAUGAUAUAUUCAGUAAUAAUUUAUAAAACCAAACGAGGUUAAUGAUUAAUAAAUUGUAUUGUUUUUGUUUAAAAUAAAACAAGUGUA